AUGGAUACUAUAAUUAAAUUAAACAAAGCAAAAACUUCCCUAAAAGGAAGUAUUUCAAGAAUUGAAAACUUUGCUGAUAAAGUGUCAGAAGACACAAGCUUAAUGGACUUAGAAGUGAAACUGAAAAAAAUCGACCAGCUGCAGCAAAAUGUCAUCAGUAUAAGAAGAAAUUCAUUUGAACUGGAUGAUGCGGAUGCAACUGAAUUAACAGAUUUUGAAGAAGAAUUGGAACAAUGUGAUGUCCGCCUCGAGGAUUUGGAGUUUUUUGAGGCAAAAGAGAUUCAUGCUUUAUUGAAUGCGGAUCUUUUCUUUAGAAUAAUGAAAGAUAAUGUUUACAGGGUGAAUGAGAAAUUAUUAUUUAGAGAAACAGAAUUCGGUUGGAUUGCGAGUGGACGACUAGAAGAGGCGAAAACUAUCGAUGCUUUAGAAUCGUGUUUUCUUCUCAUCAAUAAUUCUAUAGAAGAUACGUUAAAACAAUUUUUUGAUCUUGAAUCAUUAGGUAUAAGAGAUGAUCCAUGCAUCCAUGAAGAUCAGGCUUUAAAAUUAUUUAAUAAUACAGUGCAGUACAACAACGGCAGAUACAUUGUAGAAUUAUCUUUCCAUAAACAUAUUAAAGAAUUAUCUGAUAAUCUUAUUGUAGCUAAACAACGAUUUCAAAAUUUGUGGAGGAGAUUACAGAAAGAUACGGAUCUUCAUUUAAAAUAUGAAGAAAUUAUUCAGGACUAUCUUAACCAGGGCAUAAUAAAAAAGGUCGAUUCUUCUGAACUGUGUAAAGAUAAACCAAUUUAUUAUCUGCCUCAUCAAGUAGUGAAAAAGGAAGGUAGAGUCACAACUUCUACACUUAUAGUAUUUGAUGCUACAUCUCAUCAAGCUAACGAGCUCUCUUUGAAUGACUGUCUGUGGCCAGGGCCCAAUUUAUAUCCAAACCUUCUAGAUGUGUUAAUAAAUUUUAGGCUCAACAAAAUAGCAAUAUCAUCCGACAUUCGACAGGCUUUUCUUCAAAUUUGCUUGGCGGAUAAACAUAAAGAUGCAGUGCGUUUCUUAUGGACACCAAGUGAUCCUCGUACUGAGAAAAGACCAGUUCUAGAAGUUUAUCGUUUUAACCGAGUGAUUUUCGGCGUAAAUGCUAGUCCAUUUCUACUUGCAGCUACAGUGAAACAUCACAUUAAUAAAUAUGAAGAAGAGUAUCCUAUUACUGUAAAACAUCUAGAUUCUUACAUGUAUGUAGAUGACUGGAUUACGGGUCAAGACACUCGAGAAGCUCUUCUUAUUUCUCGCCAUGCUAAGAAUAUCAUGAAGGAAGCGGGAAUGGAAAUGAGAAAAUGGAUCAGCAAUGAUUCCACCUUGAUGAAUCAGUGGGUAGCAGAGGGUUUCGAUACUUAUCCCGUUGACACUUCCGUCUGCUUAGGAAGUAACAAGACAAAAGUGCUAGGUAUGGCUUGGCAGACUCAAGACGAUUGCUUCACUCUAGAUACAACAAGUUUACUGGAAUUUAUUACUGCCAGUAAAAUUACUAAACGAUCCCUCUUGCAAGCCAUCGGAAAAAUAUUUGACCCACUUGGGUUACUUACGCCCUUUACUAUUAGAGUCAAGUGUCUCAUCCAAGAACUUUGGGAAAAGAAAAUCACGUGGGAUGAAAUUUUACCCCCCAAAAUUGUAGAAAGAUGGUUGGAGUGGUGUAGAGAGUUACCACUGUUGGAUGAACUAAAAAUACCAAGAUUAGUUCUUGAUUCUACAAAUGACGAGAAAAACGACACCAUAGAAAUUCACGUAUUUUGCGACGCUUCAAAACUUGCCUAUGGUGCUUCAGUUUAUGUGAAAUUAAAGAAGCAAGACAAAGUGUAUGUUAACCUCAUCACUCCAAAAAAUAGUGGCUCCACUGAAAAGUGUUACAUUGCCUCGGCUUGA